GAUAGAUGUACGCUUUUGGAUAUGAGCCAGUUUGUUUUUCACAAUGGCACAUUAUCAUUUGCGUAAUGUUUGCUUGAGUCUGACUUGGACUCACUCAGACACCAUGAUACUCACUUCGCACUUGUUCAAAGCGUUGAUAGUUUGUGUUCCGUUCGUUCUUGUUAUUUGCGAAGCAAGGAAUAUCUCUGAAUCAGCUCCUGACAUUUGCCCCCCCGGAUGGAUGCGUUGGAAUAACGCGUGUUACUACUUUGCAAAUGAUUCCGUCUCAAGCCGGGUCGCAUGGCAAGACGCUCGACAGGCAUGUCAGAGAAUCCGUGGAGGAGACCUUGCCAGUAUUCACAGUGCUGCGGAGAACGACUUUAUAACACGCCAUGUCUCAGGUAUUUGUUGGAUUGGACUUAAUGACCUCAGAGCAGAAGGCAAUUUCCAAUGGUCGGAUGGAUCAUCAUUUGUUUACAAAAACUAUAGCAACAACGAACCAAAUGAUAUCCAUGGCCAAGAAGACUGUAUAGAAAUAAAUUUGUGGUCAAAUGGUUGGAAUGACUUAAAUUGCGGUAGGACGCUGUGUUACGUCUGCAAGCAGACCAAG